AGAGAAACCAACGACCGACACUCAUCUCUCUUGUCCUCUCCCUCACCUCUCUCUUGUCUUCUCUCUUUCUUCUCUCUCAAAAUCCAUCUUUCGCAAUCUUCUCUCUCUCUCUCUCUCUCUCUCUCUCUCUCUCUCUCUCUCUCUCUCUCUCUCUCUCACUCUCUUCUCUCUUUCUCUCAAUCUCUUUCACCUCUCUCUCACACACUUCUCUCUCUCAAUCUCGCACUCAAUUUAUCCCUCUCUCUCUCUACUUUCUUUAUGGAGAGUUACUCUCUCCUCCACAGUUCUUACCAGAGUUCUGUUCUUUUCUCCGGCUUUGGGAAGCUGCGCUCUGACAGGAGGCUGUGUGAUGUUGUCUUGGAGACGGGAGGCAUGUCCUUCCCGUGUCACCGCGUCCUAUUGGCCAGUUCCAGCCAGUAUUUCUGGUGUUUGUUUGGUGAGAAGAUGGAGGAGAGGAUAGCUGCUAGCAUUAGACUCCCGGCGCUAACUCCUGCAGGACUAGAGACUGUUCUGGACUUCCUGUACUCUGGAUGGCUCAGCCUAUCAGCUACCUCACUGCCCGUUGUUCUGGAGACUGCCAGGUACCUUCAGGUGGACACAGCUGUGUCGCUAUGCGAGCGCUUCCUUAGCGACGGGCUGUCGCUGAGGACCUCAUGUUUCUAUGCCAACCUGGCUGAGCACCACUUCCUGCCUGACGCGCUGGCAGCCGCCAAUCAAAUCAUCGCCAUGGAGAUGGCCACUUUGCUACGGGAGGACAGGGAGGGGCUUCUAGGGCUGAACGUCCAAUCACUAACGGAUGUGCUGGACAGGGAUGAACUACCUGGUGUCAAGGAGGUGGAGCUACUGAAACUUGUGCUGGAUUGGCUGGAUGCUAACCAGCCUCUCCCAUUGGUCCGCUGUAACCUGCUGCUCAGCCGACUCCGUUUUGGAUUGGUUGCUCCCUCUGACAUCACAACAAUAAGCCCUGCCCACACCAACAUGAACACGCCCCUGAUGAGGAGUAAGGUGACGCAGGCGCUGGAGUAUCAUUGGCUGGGCUCAGCUAGACCAAUAAGACAGAGCCGACACUCCUCUCUCAGAGCAGCAGCCAACCACGUGCUCCUAGUGGGGGGUGGGCCCAGCACUGAUUGGCCACAGCAGCAGGUGCUCACCUUCGACCUUAGAGACAGGAAGUGGUCAUCAUUGAGCGCUGGUCUCCCACGACGACUGAAGAACCACUGUGUGUGCUGCGUCGGGGGGUUCCUGUUUGUGAUUGGAGGAGAAGAGGUGAAGGGCGGAGCAGAGGGGGGCGAAGGGAAGUCUGUUUCUAUGAUGACAACUAAUUGUGUGUGGCGGUAUGAUCCUCGCUUUGCAUGCUGGGAGGAAGCGGACCCCAUGCUGGAGAGGAGAUCCCAGUUCAGCUGCUGUGUUGUAGACCAUGUCAUCUACACUAUAGGGGGAACACACACACACUCAGACACACACUCCUGCCUGGCCUCAGUGGAGUUCUAUGACAUGGCAGCAGGUCAUUGGCGGAGAGGAAUUUCUCUGCCCCGCCCCCUUUAUGGCCAUGCCUCGGUCACCCUGGGAACUGGAAUCCUAAUGUCUGGUGGUAGCCAUGGCAACCAGGACCGUACACAGGUCAGUAUCCAGGAGGGUAAUCAGGGCAACUGUGAGGUCCUCUUCCUAAAUAUGGUUGCUAGGGGUGGAGUUUGGGAGAAGCGAGCACCGAUGUCCAUUGGCCGUUUCGGUCACCGCAUGGCAACUGUUGCUGGAUGUGUCUACGCGUUACUAGGAAUGUACGAGCACUACUGCGAUAUUGAGCGAUAUGACCCACUCGCUGACCAGUGGACGCGCCUUCGCCCAGUACUCAUUGGCUCGUUCGACUACGGACUGGUGGCAACAGCAAAUGGGAGGCUGCUGCUGUUCGGAGGCAGGAAAUGGCGGGAUGGACAGGAAGUGAGCGUAGCAGGUGUUCUAGAAUAUGACACAGAGAGAGACCGUUGGGCCGAGAUCUGUCAGCUACACACUCCUCUGACUGGAACACAAUGUGUUGUGAUGGCUCUGUCAGACUAACACACAUCUGACUGGAACACAAUAUACAGGGAGUAGAAAUAACAUGGCUAUAUACAGGAAGUAGAAAAUAACAUGGCUAUAUACAGGAAGUAGAGAAUAACAUGGUUAUAUACAGGAAGUAGAACAUAACAUGACUAUAUAUAGGAAGUAGAAAAUAACAUGGCUAUAUACAGGGAGUAGAGAAUAACAUGGUUAUAUACAGGAAGUAGAACAUAACAUGACUAUAUACAGGAAGUAGAAAAUAACAUGGCUAUAUACAGGGAGCAGAGAAUAUCAUGGUUAAAUACAGGGAGUAGAGAAUAACAUGGUUAUAUACAGGGAGUAGAAAAUAACAUGGCUAUAUACAGGGAGUAGAGAAUAACAUGGUUAUAUACAGGGAGUAGAAAAUAACAUGGUUAUAUACAGGAAGUAGAAAAUAGCAUGGCUAUUUACAGGGAGUAGAAAAUAACAUGGCUACAGUGGUUCUUCCUUUAAAAGUUGCGUUGUACUGCCACACAGCUUGAGGGCUGCUGCGGAUUGCACGUUAUUUAAGUGUCAGCCAUUGUUGCCAUUAAGGCUAGUUAGUAUUAAUGCUAGUUAAUACUAGUUUGACCACCAGAGGGAAUGUUUGAGAAGCAUUUGACUGUAUUAAUAUUGGCUGGACUAGAGAUUAUUUUUUUGUAAGAACAUAGUAUAUGUGAUUGAUUUAGCUUAAACCAUUUGAUUAAUAUUAUGGUGUUUCUAUUCCAAGAAAAAUGAAAAACGAAACCCUCAGGGUUUCCAUUAGGAAAAUAUGGCACUGUACAACGCUGUACUAAGUGACUGCGAGUGAAGAGGAAAAUAAUCCUAACAUUUCUACACCCUAAUUGUAGGCUAACCAAUACCCAAACGGAGAUUCAGUGAAAAUUAAAAUCUCAUUGAUUUACCAAGACCAGUCCCCAUGCUCAGAGCAGCACAAAACGGUGCUGAAAUAGUUGACCACACGCGGGUAUAGCUAUGUUCAAAUCCUAUCAUAACAAUUGGAUGACUUUGUUCCAGUAAGAAACAAUUUGUUGCCUUCAUUAGACUACUUUAUUCUGAAAAAUUAAUCUGUAAAUCCUAUAAGCAAAGAUGAACUGGUGAAGGCCAUCAAGACGUUUUGGCUUGAGAAACUGACGAUACAACAAUGCAACAAAUACAUUGAUCAUUUCAGCAAGGUUUUGCCAGUGGUCGUGGAUCUGGGGGGAAGUGCAACUAAAAUGUAGCUGAGAUGUACUGUACAGUAGUGGAAAUAAACAUCAGUAUUUUAAAAGUAUUUUGUAUUGUUAUUUUAUUAACGAAAGCAUAAAGAUGUUGAUGAACAUAUACUGUGUUAAACUUUAGAGUACUUAAGCAACGAAUACAUUGCAAGUUGGGUGGAUUUUCUCACCUACAGUGGCCGGGCUAUUAAACUAAUCAUGGAUAACAGAUCGGCUCUCGGAACUCAUUAAGAGGUUGCUUCUUUCUUCAAUAUGCUUUAAAUGUCACAAAUAAUUUAACCCAACAUGAGCAGAUGAACUUGGUCAAAACAUGUAUUUAGGGUUAGGGUUAGGGUUAGGGUUAGGCGGCUUCUAUAUGAAAAUACUUGCAGAUCAAUUCAUUCUAAAUGAACAUCUAAGGGGUUGUCACGCCCUGACCGUAGAGAGCUUUUUAUGUGUCUAUUUUUAAGUUGGUCAGGGCGUGAUUUGGGUGGCAUUCUAUGCUCUUUUCCUGUGUUUGUAUUUCUUUGUUUUGGCCUGGUAUGGUUCUCAAUCAGGGACAGCUGUCGAUCGUUGUCUCUGAUUGAGAACCAUACUUAGGUAGCAUUUCCCCACAGGGUUUUUGUGGGUAGUUGUUUUCCGUAUCAGUAUUUGCAUCUUAUGGGACUGUUUUUAAAAAAUGUAUUCUCUUGUUAUUUUUGUAUUUAGUGUUCAGUUCAAUAAAUAAUAUGAACACUU